AUGGCUUCUCACGCGUCUUACUUUGAGCAACAAUCGCAAAUACAGAAACUUGCGGGAAAGGUUUCGACGGAACCACUGCUGAAACGCCGUAUCAGCGUCGACAGCGAGACAUUCCUCCUUCCGGCCACUCCCCCCUCUACCCCCAAAUUUGAGCCUCUUACCGCGAGUCCCGCCAGCAAUGGCACAUCCAUUAGCCCUAAGACCUGUCUCAAGGUCAGGCGCAGGUCGAGCGCCCGGUUCUCACCCCCUUCUCCGCCUCGGCUUCCAUCCGUCAGAGAAGAGCAGUACCGCGCGCUCGACGGGCGCGUCUUCAGCCCUCAGAACCAAGCCUUCGUGGCCACUGUCACCCUAGCUGCUCGGUCGAGCACCCGGGCGCCGGUGCAGACGCUGUGGAACUCUAUCUUGUACUCCUGGUUUGCGCCCAGUGAAUACAUCGUCGCGUGUCGGGAUGGCAGCCUCAACGAUGCCUGCGUGCUGGAGCUGAGGUGGAUUGCUCCUGCGCCUGCGCAGGAUAUAGACAUGGACAUGUUCCCGUCGUUCUCCGCCAUGCAUGCUAGUCCGGCGCAAGAGGAGCCGGCCGCGCGGCGGUUUUCAGAGCGGACUUCUUCUCGGAGCUUGUCAAGAAAGGGCUCCCGGGUUGACUUGGACGAUGAUUUGGAGGCCGGUUUCGGUGAGUUGAGUCUAGGCCCAACGUCCUCGGCCUCGACAACGGCAAGCGGAAGGACCUCGGGCCCGCACGCCGGCGCCGAGCCGCGCAUCCUCACGCUGCAGUACUGGUCGAGCCUCGCCGACACGGCCGUCGGAUGGCGCACGGCGCGGGAGUCGCUCGCGCGGCACAUGGCGGCCAACGUGGCGCCGGGCCGCCGCAUGCUGUGCGCCGUGGCCAUCGGGGCCCGGUUCGAGCUCUACGGCUGGGACGGUGCGGCCGGCCGGCCGGCGCUGGAGCGGCGGCACGCGGGCCCGUUGGAUCUGAGGCUGCGGGAGGACAGGUGCGAGCUGGAGCGCCUGCUCGACUUGGUCGAGAGGCGCGGGCUCGAGUAUACUAGAGCCGGUAGGCCGUGGAGCCGGAGGACUAGCUAG